AUGUGGAUUGAUGCUAUUGCAAAAAUUACUACUGGUGACGUUAUAUCAACCAUUAAGGAUUCUAAGAAGCGUUUCGGUUUCUUUUUUGGUGGCUCAUUAAUAUCAUUAUCAUCAUUGGUGUUUGAAUAUGUUGAUGUUGAUAAUGUUGGAAUUGCCAAUCGACAUGAAUUUGAAACUAUAUUUGAACAUUAUUCUUCAACAAUCACAUGUCCAUGUUCUAAACUUGCCAUUCCAUAUGGGGCAUUUACCAGCGUGAAAAUACAAUUUCAUCAAGUCUGUCUUAGUCUAUUUACAUCACAGACAUGGAUUGAUUCAAUCUAUGUUGAUCGAAAAUUUUCUUCAGUAAAAUUAGAAAAUAAUUUUCUUUCCACUCUCAGUGCUUUCUGGCAAAUAAUUGCUGGAUUUUGCGAGUUGAGCAAUACAACAAUAAACAAUGGUAUUGCUCAAUUCAAUGUUACCACUCUCCUGAGUCCGAUGGCAGUCAAUCAAAAUAUGGUUCGAAUUCAAAGUCGAGUCGCUCUUACCACGAUCAUCUCAACUGUUCGAUCUACACUCAUUCGUAAUUUAUUGGCAAUUGAACGUAUAACAGGCGGUAAUCAACUUGUCUCUGGAUUAGCAAAGAACUUUUACGCACACUUCACAUCAGCAGAACUUCAAUCAAAUUCAAUAUUAUCUGCUAGAGCAUAUGCUAAUUGCUCCUGCUUAAAUACAAAUGGAUGUCCUCAUCCAGCAACAUUUUACUACUCAGCGAAAGAAAGUUCGAUACCAAUACCUGGAAUGCAAUCUGAUUGCUUAAUAGUUGAUGCUGUACUAAAUUCUUCUUUGGAAUGUUAUUAUGAUCGAACUUGUGUUAAUAGAUUACAUCCAGCAGUAGUCAAUAUUGAGCCGCUCAAGAUGAACAUCAAUCCUUCGACAAAUACUUCACUCAAUGCAAUCCACACCAUUGUUCAUACGUUAGGUCUCGUCGAUUCGAUAUUAGUUUUGCCACCAAUAUUAUCAUUGGGGUUUAUAGUGGACUAUCCAUCAUCUUAA